AUGAAUUCAUCUUUUUGGUUACCAUCUUCUUUACCAUUUACAACCAUUUAUUAUCCACCAAUUCCAUCAUUAUUCAUCGCUCAUGGCUUUCCGGCAAUAUUUCCUUCGGUGCUAAAAUCCGCUGUUCCGCCAUCAUCAUCAUCAUCAUUAUUACCUCAGCAAUUAAAAAUUCCGGAAUCAGCUCAACAAUUGAAAAGUCCAGAAGCUACAUCAAAGCAAAAUUCAUCAAAAUUGUUUCUCGUUGAAAGCUUACUCCCAUCAGCCGUUGAGAAAAAGCAAACUACACCAUCACCGUUGAGUGUAACAACAGUAGAAUGGAUAAACGGUGGAUACGGUGUAAAGAAUCCAAUGUUACAAAGCUACCGUAUGCCAGAUAUUGAUGCAACACCAGCUCCUGCUUCUGAACCUGGUUUAUUAACAUGUCGAAUAUGUGGAAAAAAGUUUGCAUUACAAAGGCUUUUAAAUAGGCAUGCAAAGUGUCAUUCAGAAAUAAAACGAUACCUGUGCACAUUUUGCGGUAAAGGUUUCAAUGAUACAUUUGAUUUGAAGAGACAUACGCGAACUCAUACAGGUGUUCGACCAUACAAAUGUGAUCAGUGCGAGAAAUCAUUUACACAGCGAUGUUCAUUAGAAUCACAUCUUCGUAAGGUACACGGUACACAACAUAAUUACGGUUACAAAGAACGACGAAGUAAGGUGUUUGUAUGUGAAGAUUGUGGCUUUACGGCUCCGGUGUUUGAUCAAUACAUACAACAUUUACAACUUAAUCAUCCGUUUAGUCCACAAUUAAUCAAAUUAACAUCCACUGGUGCAUUAUCGAAAUAUCAUCGAUCAAGCAAUCAUCGAUCAUCAUCCAUAUCAUUUGCAACCAGUACAUCCGGAACUUUUCCUAGAUAA